AUGCAAGUGGAGAUAAAAGCUGGGCUGUAUCACUGCCUAAAAAUUUCAAACCAAGAAAGGCACAAAUACUGUCCAGUUAAUUCAUGGUGCAAGUUCAAAAAAGGAUUGCCUUGUCCAAACAAGCCACAUCACUUGGAUGGUGUUUUCAAGGAACCACUUGAAAAAAUCAAUGAUCGCUUGAGUGA